AUGUCUUAUUAUCAUCUCCCAUCUAAUCCACAACUUCCGUGGAAGGGACGGCUUCCUGUUCUUAUUCUCUUGUUCAUCUGAGUGUAUAAAUUUACAAAAAAUAACACCAAUUUUCGUUCAUCCAUCGUAUUACAAUGGUUAACUCUGAAAUGAAUAGAUCCGGGUACGGUGCUGACGGAAUAUACCGGUCUCUAAGGCCUUCUUUAGUUCUUCCACGGAACACCAGUCUUUCACUCGUUUCGUUUCUCUUCCAGAGCGUUUCUUCUUUUCCAUCCAAAACCGCUCUGGUAGAUGCUCAUUCUUCUCAAACCCUCUCCUUUGCACAGCUCAAAGCCCAAGUAGCAAGGCUCGCCCAUGGUUUUCUCAAACUGGGAAUAAAGAAAAACGACGUCGUCCUUCUCCUCGCUCCCAACUCCAUCCACUACCCCGUUUGCUUCCUCGCCGCCACCGCCAUUGGAGCCAUUGUCUCCACAGCCAACCCCAUUUACACUGUCCACGAACUCUCCAACCAAGUCAAAGAUUCCAACCCCAAACUGUUGAUCACAGUUCCUGAACUAUGGGACAAAGCAAAGAAUCUCAACCUCCCCACUGUCUUUCUCGGCGGCACCAACAACAACCUUCAGGACCCAACUAAAGGCGUGUCACCGAAAAUCAGAACUCUCCAUGCACUAAUGGAGAUGGCAGGGCCGGUGACGGAGCUGCCGGAGAGUGGGAUUAAGCAGGGGGACACGGCGGCGCUGCUGUACUCCUCGGGAACCACUGGGCUGAGCAAAGGCGUCGUCCUGACACAUGGGAACUUCAUCGCGGCUGCUUUGAUGAUCAGCAUGGACGACGACCUGGCUGACGAGGUAGACGACGUGUUCCUCUGUGUUUUGCCGAUGUUCCAUGUGUUUGGGCUGAUGGUGGUGACGUACACAGCACUGCGACGAGGGAGUGCAGUGGUGAUUAUGGAGAAGUUUGAGUUGGAGGCCUUUUUAAAUGCUAUUGAGAAGCACAGAGUGACGAAGUUGUGGUUAGUGCCUCCUAUUCUUCUUGCUAUGGCGAAACAACAGAGUGUAGUUCGGAACUACAAUCUCUCUUCUUUGAAGCGGAUAGGCUCUGGUGCUGCUCCUCUUGGAAAAGAGUUGAUGGAAGAAUGUGGCAAGCAUUUCCCUCAUGUAGUUGUUUGUCAGGGCUACGGCAUGACAGAAACUUGUGGCAUUGUCUCUGUGGAGAAUCCAAGAGCAGGGAUUCGUCAUACUGGGUCAACGGGAAUGCUGGCUUCGGGAGUGGAAGCUCAAAUAGUGAGUGUGGAAAAACAAAAGCCUCUCCCUCCUAAACAGUUGGGGGAAAUAUGGGUGCGAGGUCCCAACAUGAUGAAAGGUUAUCACAACAAUCCACAGGCCACGAGAUUGACCAUAGAUGAAAAGGGGUGGGUGCACACAGGAGAUCUUGGAUAUUUUGAUGAAGAUGGACACCUUUAUGUGGUUGACCGUAUAAAAGAACUGAUCAAGUACAAAGGUUUUCAGGUAGCACCAGCUGAACUUGAAGGCCUUCUCAUUUCUCAUCCUGGAAUAUUAGAGGCUGUUGUUGUCCCAUAUCCUGAUGAUGAGGCUGGUGAGGUUCCAAUUGCCUAUGUUGUUCGCUCACCCAAUAGUUCACUGACUGAAGAAGAAAUUAAGAAGUUCAUUGCUGAUCAGGUUGCGCCUUUCAAAAAAUUGAGAAGGGUGUCAUUCAUCAGUAGUAUUCCAAAGACAUCUUCAGGAAAAAUUCUUAGAAGAGAGAUUGCUGCAAAAGCUCGAUCCAAAAUUUAAUGUAUUACAAGGGUCAAUUCAAUUUCUGAGAUAGAGUGAAAAUUCUGAGUACAUCUUGAAGAAAUUAUUGAGUAAUAAUAUCGUGACAUACUUUUACAUUCA